AUGAACGAGCAUAAAGUUGGACGAAGGAGGCGGUCGAGCAGUUUGUUGUACCAGGAGCCACCGGAAACGAUUGAACAUAUGAGCGAUCAAGCAGCGUUACCCAAUCUAAAUGCCAACUGGGUUAAUGCAAAAGGUGCCUGGACGAUACAUCUGGUUCUCAUCGCAUGUCUUAAGAUUCUGUUUGACAUAAUUCCUGGUGUUUCCCAAGAGACAUCUUGGACAUUAACAAAUAUCUCGUACAUGUUUGGUUCUUUUCUCAUGUUUCAUUGGGUCCGCGGUGUACCAUUCGAGUUCAACGCAGGAGCCUACGACAAUUUGAACAUGUGGGAACAAAUUGAUAAUGGAGCUCAAUACACACCUGCGAAGAAGUUUCUUAUGAGUGUACCAAUCGUUUUGUUCCUAGUUAGUACUCAUUAUACCCAUUACGACCUCACUUAUUUUAUCAUCAAUUUUCUCGCCGUUCUUGGAGUUGUAAUACCAAAAUUACCUUAUGUAAGUUCACUCAACCAAAAAAGCGAUGAGAAUAUUUAG